AUGCAUAACCUUAGCAAGGAACAUGAAGCAUAUAUUUCUUCUAUUGGUCUGGGGCAUUUGUUGAAUAUGAAAGUGGAUGGGUGUGCAUCAAUUAUGGGGCAUUAUACUAUAAGUAAUUUUGAUGCAGAUAGGAUGGUACUCAACCUUUAUCAUGGAGAGAUACCAAUUAAUCGGCAAGUUAUUCACGAAAUGUUGGGUCUGCCUCUGGGAAAUGUUACAAUAAAGUCCAUGCCUUAUAGAGAAGUCAUAUACGACAUGAUAAUUGUUUGGACGAAACAAUUCGAUGAUGAAGAUAAUAUUAGACCAAGGGCAGUUCAACAAGUUAUUAUGCAAUCAACACGUGCGGAUUUACUCUUUAAAUUGCUAUACGUAGAAAGUGUUCGAUGCGAAUCAGUGAAGAUUGUACGAGGCAGACCAACAAUAUGUUUUUGGAAUGUUGAUAAACUACGUGAGCGAGAAAGAGUAGAGUGUAGGACAAUAGGUCUUGGUAUGGGUGAAUUGCAAGAACCAUUUCAAGUCAUCAAUGAAGCAUCGGGAACUAGUAAUGGAAAUGAUGCAGGAGGUGUUAAAAGUAGUGGUAGAAGGUGUAAGGGAAAUCAAGGAGAGGAAAUUUUUAGUGGAAGUGGGGAAAGUGUUGAGGCAACUAUUUCAACAAUAAAGGAGAUGUACGACAUCCUAUUGCAGCAAAAGAAAGUGUUGGAAGACAAACUAAAUGAUGCUUUCAAGAAAUAUCCUGAGAAUCAGUUGGUCAAAGAAUGGAAAAACAAAGUAAAUGAUUUGUUCAGUGAAGUUUCCGCAUCAGAGGAACCAGAACAAUCUCAAUGGUGGUAUGAUAACGCGGCUGAAAUUGAACGUACGCUGAUUCUAGAAACUACUCACAAACAUUUUGACAACUCCCCGAUAGCAAAAUGUAGUAUUGAGAUGUCACAGGAAUAUGCACACUUCUCGAAUAGAUCUGGAAGAAAAUAUUUUAAGACUACACCACCUUUUAAAAUGGAAAUGUCAAUUCCUUUGUCUGUAGUACCAUUCAACAAUGAUGAACAUUGGGUUAGUAGAAGAGGGUACAAGCCUCGCAUGAAAUCCGAAUAUCUGAAAUCUCCUUACAUUAUACGGGCUGUUGAUAUCAUCAAAGGAGUUCCACGAUAA